AUGACGCCCAGUCCCCCUGAUGAAGCUCUUCACUUCCGCGGAAAGACACUGACUCCGGAAAGCCCGCGCCCGCUGCAUAUCCCGGAGCCAGCCAAUAUCCCGGUCCUGGAGAAUCAAAUGGACCCCAUCUUCAACGACACUUCCACCUAUCAACUCUCAGAAUAUUCUCAGGAACUCCUUCAGACGCUACAGGCACAAGAUGGAUGGUUGAAGGCUCCUCGGGAGGGCCAGGAUCUAGGUUCGGGACUGCGCAGGGACACUGGUAGCUUGCAGCGCGCGCCGAAUGAACAGCCUGUCGUGAAUGAUAUGCCUGCUUCGGCAGCAGAUUUCUACCCUUCCAAUCCUGCAGGGAUGGAGCAGCAGGCGGGCCACAUGAACAGCAUGAACAGCAUGAACAUGAACAGCAUGAAUCCCAACUUCGCCGUCUCACAUCCCAGUCACUCCUAUGCGCCCCCGGUUCUCCCGGUCUCCCAGGGCUAUGGCCCGGCAAGCGAGGUAGACAAUGCCGGCCACUCGAUCCCAUCCUCGAGGUUGCCCGAGCGCAUAGAUGAUGAACAGGGUGAUACGGGAUCUGGUGCUGCCGGGGUCAACUUCCAGACCCUGUUGGACAACCUCUCUCACCCCUCUGCCUCUGCCACUGCGGCAACCACCAACACCGCCCACGCCACGGAAGGCUCGUCCUUCCACCAAGCAGCUUCUGACGAGUCUCUCCAACCCGGUAUCCCAUCCGCGCUGGAUGCCCAGUCCGCGAACCUUCCUGCCCCUACGCCCUGGAUGAUAUCGCCUAUCAUCAAACCCUCCCCCCCCAACCCUACUCCCUCCGCCUAUGCAACGCAGUCAAGUAACAAUGCCCAUCAAAAUACCUCCGCGUCCAUACCCUCGGUCGCCCCCGGUACCGAGUCCGGCGUUGGCAACCUCCCCCCGCCGCCCAUGGCAAGUUUCCAGCAGCACACUGCUUCAUCGGGCGGCGAGUCGCAGGGCGCCCAGGAGGGCAUUGCCACGUCCAAGAAGGGCCGUCUCGAUAAGCAGCCAAUGCGAACUGGUAAAGUUGCCGACGAUGAUUCCCCCUGGGGCCCGGAAGUGCAAAAAAAGUACGAUGAGUUCCUCCACGAUGAGAGAAUCUACGUGACAGAAGGUCUCUGGGAUCGGUUCCCCAUGGGGUCCAGGCUGUUUGUCGGAAAUCUUCCCACCGAACGAGUGACCAAACGAGACAUGUUCCACAUUUUCCACAAGUACGGCAAAUUAGCGCAGAUCUCCAUCAAGCAGGCAUAUGGGUUUAUCCAAUUUCUGGAAGCGAGUGCGUGCCACGCGGCGCUACAGACAGAACAGGGCGCGUUGGUGCGAGGCAGAAAGAUCCACCUCGAGAUUUCGAAGCCACAAAGAUCGACAGCCCGACCUGGCCCCGCGGAGGCAUCUCGCGCUGCCCCGCCCCGUCGUUCCAGAUCGCCCGAGUUCAGCCGGACUGCUCCUGCACGCGGCAACGCGCGUGCUCCAGGCGAGCGGUAUGAUCGACCGCAUGAGUCCAGCCGGCUCCCAUUCAGUGAUUUCCGUGAUGAGCCCUCCCACCGCAGGCGUGAUGACUACCGCCCUCCUCGAUCCCCUUCGCCCCGACCUUUUCGGGCUCGGGAUGGUUACCGAUCGAGGGAUAGGACGCCGGAACGAUUUGAUCGCCGCGAGCGCAGACGCUCUCGAUCACCACGCUCUCCUCGUUCCCCCUACGCACGAGAUCGGCGGUAUCGGAGCCCUAGCCCGAGACCCCGAGGCAAUAAUGACGGGGAGGCAGACCUCCCAGUACCUCGCCGGGCACCACGAGACGUGCCGGAGGUGCAGAUCCUGGUUUUGGAAGAAGUUGAUCGGAACUACAUUCUCCAUGUGGAGAAUGCCUUUCGCAACCGUGGCCUGCGGGUAGAUGUGUUGGUGCUUGGCCCUCGCAUCCCUCUUGGCGCCGCCGUCCAUCGCCAAUUUGUCGAAGGCGUUCUGGCAGUCGUGCGGCUGUCUCGACCCAACCAGUUCUCCCGCAAGAUUCCUCUGCAGAUUUUCGAUCGAAGCGCGGGCCCAGACAAUGUCCGCUUCAGUGACUACCCCGAGGUUGAUCCCAAUAUUGCGGCGGAGGUCAUGUUCCACCAAGCCCAGGCUAUGCAACGCGGUCCGGCUCCCUCAUUCGCCCCCAACCCGGCCUUCGGUGUGCCCCCGAUGCAUCCCGUACCGAUACCCCAGCCAAGCAUACCCAGCAUGCCCGCUCUCUCGAACCCGCCAAACAUCGCCAACCUCAUCAGCACCCUGGAUGGUCCUGGCCUCCAGUCUCUGCUGUCAGCUCUCCAACAACGGCCAGGCCCCCAGCCCCAAGCCGUCUCGGCCGCCCAAUCACCUUUCUCGUCCCCCAAUCCCCCACCACCCGCCGAUCUGGCCAGUCUGUUGGCUAAUGUGGCUCGCCCUCCCAUGUCGGUCAAUCCACAACAACCACUUCCUCACCCAUCCUUUAAUCUCCAGCCUCCAAACCCCCCAAUGAUCACCGACCCGAACUUGCUCUCUCUCCUGGCCAAAGGCCUAGGGAACCAGCAACCACAGGGGCAGGCCCCAGUUGGUUCCAAUGUGCAGAACCUCAUGCACCAACUGAAUAAAUGGAAGCAAUGA